AUUUUUCCUCCCUUUUCAUUUCCCCCAAUUAUAAAAACCUAUCAUUUAUUCGCUUUUAAACUUCUUUGUGGCAGACUUUCUCUCUCCAUUUUUCCUUUUCUAAACUUAUUUUCUCUCUCUUAUUCAUACUCUCAAAAAAUCAAUAUUUUCUCCAAUAAUUUAUUACUUUUUUUCAGUCAAAUCAAUUUGAUCCAGCUUCAUAACUGCAAACCCUGUCUGCUUCUUCCUAUUCUUCUAUCUGGGUCAGGUCAUCUUCACCAUUAAAAUUUCAUCGUUUUAUUCAUUUAUAAUUAAAAUUAAUAUAUAAUCUCUGGGUAUGCAAUUUUUAGAUUUUUGAAGAUAAAAAUCUCAUCUUUUUUGUGAAAAAAAAAAGAUGAAGAUGGGUGGUAGUUUAGAGGUAUCUGAUGAAGUAUUGGGAACUUUUGCACCAAUUAUUGUGUAUUGGGUAUACUCUGGGAUUUAUGUGUUGAUGGGUUCUUUAGAUAAAUAUCGUUUACAUUCAAGGAAAGAUGAAGAUGAGAAGAAUUUGGUGUCUAAAUCUACUGUUAUUAAGGGUGUUAUUCUUCAACAAACUGUUCAAGCUAUUGUUGCUAUCAUUCUCUUUGCGGUGACAGCAAGUGCUGAUGAAGCUUCGAAAGAGCAAAGAACAUCUCUGAUUGUUCUUAUUUGUCAAGUUAUAGUAGCCAUGAUCGUCUUAGAUACGUGGCAGUAUUUCAUGCACCGAUACAUGCAUCAUAACAAAUUCUUGUACCGCCAUAUCCAUUCUCAGCAUCACCGGCUUGUGGUCCCAUACGCUUAUGGGGCUCUUUACAACCAUCCUUUAGAGGGACUUCUCCUCGACACUAUUGGAGGAGCCUUAUCCUUCCUUGUCUCAGGGAUGUCCCCACGAACCUCCAUAUUCUUCUUUUCCUUUGCAACCAUCAAGACAGUGGAUGAUCACUGCGGCCUGUGGCUUCCCGGCAACCUCUUCCAUACCUUCUUCCAAAAUAACACUGCGUAUCAUGACGUGCACCACCAGCUUUAUGGUAGCAAAUACAACUUCUCACAGCCGUUCUUUUCAUGGUGGGACCGGAUCCUAGGAACACACAUGCCGUACUCACUAGAGCCUAGAGAAGGGGGUGGAUUUGAGGCACGACCCAAAGAUGACUGAUGUUCGCUUCUGUAUGUCAUACUUGUACCACUAUUCGCUAGUUCUCUAAUUUCGUUUUGAGCUACCUUUUGGUAUGUGUCGGUUUAUGUAAUUAAUUCGUGUCUAUAUGAAGUUUUUUGACGCAUGAGCAGACAAUUUAAUGGUAUAGAGUUACGAAGUUCAGCAUUACCUUCACCGGAAUGGCUGCUGGUUUUUUCCGGCGUUCUGAUUCA